CGGCACGGUACAAGCGCAUCGAAAAAUAUAAAAUCCAGCACAAACGCUAUGCUGCGUUUCCGGAAAUGGAGAAUUUUUUUAUCAAUACUCAACCUUUUCACUUUUUCCCCUUUAUAAUUAUUGUUUCUUCCUCUUCUAUUUUGUCGUUAGUGGCACUGAAAACAUCUUUUUUCUAUUUCUUAAUUCACCUUUAGCCUCUUGAUUCGCAAUUAAUUGGCUCCCACCAUUGCCUUACGCACGGCCAGAUAUAAAAUACUCAAAGGUAUAAAUACCCGCACAUUAUGGCUAGCUUACUUCGGGCUGCUCGCAGCCAGGCUAUGCGCCAGCAGCGCUCCACGGCCUCGACCCUGCUUGGCCGCCACUCGGCAAUGGCGUACCCGCUGUUCUCGGCCGCCUCACGCCUCACCCCAGUUUCUGUCGUGCGGUCAAAGUCGACUGUGGCCGGCGCGCCUCACCCCAGCGAGUCGUUCUUGUCGGGCAACGUGACUCCGUACAUCGAGGAGAUGUACGAGGCGUACAUCAAGGAUCCUGAGUCGGUGCACGUCAGCUGGCGCACAUACUUCAAGAACGUCGACAAUGGCCUCAAGCCCGGCCAGGCGUUCCAGACUGCCCCGGACUUUAUUUCUGCCACGGCGAUCAACCCCUCCAGCGAUGCGGCGUCGAACCUCUCCGGCCUGCAGGGCAACCCUGAGGUCGUAGACCACCUCAAGGUGCAGCUCAUGGCGCGCGCCUACCAGGUGCGUGGACACCACCUUGCCAAGCUGGACCCGCUGGGCAUCCAGGUGCCCGACCACAGCACGGUGUCGGCCAACGAGCUCAAGCCAAGCUACUACGGAUUCACCGAGAAGGACAUGGACCGUAAGUUUACUCUAGGUCCCGGCGUGCUGCAGAACUUUUCCAAGGCUGGGCACAAGGAUAUGACGCUGCGCGACAUCGUCAAGACGCUCGAGACCGUCUACUGCGGUCACAUUGGCGUUGAGUAUACGCACAUCGCCGAGCGCGAGCAGUGUGACUGGAUUCGCGAGCGCUUUGAGGUGCCCGAGCGGUUUAAGUACUCCAAGGAGCAGAAGCAGCGCGUGCUAGAUCGCCUGAUCUGGGGCAGCAGUUUUGAGAAGUUUGCGUCGACCAAGUGGCCCAGCCAGAAGCGCUUUGGCCUUGAGGGCUGCGAGGCGCUGAUCCCCGGCAUGAAGGAGCUCAUUGACCAUUCGGUUGAUCUGGGUGUCGAGUCGAUCAUCAUGGGCAUGGCGCACCGUGGUCGCCUGAACGUGCUGAGCAAUGUCGUGCGCAAGCCCAACGAGUCCAUCUUCUGCGAGUUCUCGGGCGAGCUUGAGCCGACCAACGAGGGCUCGGGCGACGCCAAGUACCACAUGGGGAUGAACUUUGAUCGCCCCACGCCCAACGGCAAGCGCGUGCACCUGUCGCUGCUGGCCAACCCAUCCCACCUCGAGGCAACCGACCCGGUUGUCCUGGGAAAGACUCGCGCUCUGCAGCUGUACACCAACGACGUCAAGCGCGAGCGCACGAUGCCGCUGCUGCUGCACGGUGACGCUGCGUUCUCGGCGCAGGGCAUUGUGUACGAGACCCUCGGCUUCAGCGAGCUGCCCGGCUAUGCCACUGGUGGCACAAUCCACGUCAUUGUCAACAACCAGGUUGGUUUCACUACUGAUCCGCGCUUCGCUCGCUCGACGCAGCACCCAUCAGACAUUGCCAAGUCGAUCAGCGCGCCGAUCGUGCACGUCAACGCCGACGACGUCGAGUCAGUCGUAUUUGCGUUCUCGUUCGCGGCCGAGUGGCGUCAGAAGUUCCACAAGGACAUUGUCAUUGACCUCGUCGGCUACCGCCGCCAUGGUCACAACGAGGCCGACCAGCCCUCGUUCACACAGCCCCUGAUGUACAAGAAGAUCAAGCAGCAGCGGCCAGUCAUCGACAAGUACGUUGAGCAGCUUGUCAACGAGGGCUCGUUCACUACGGCCGAGAUCGAGGAAAACAAGAAGCGCGUGUGGAAUAUCCUUGACGAGUCAUACAAGAAGAGCAAGAACUACAAGCCGUCCAGCACCGAGUGGCUGUCGUCGGCAUGGCCUGGAUUCAAGUCGCUGGCCGAGCUGGCCACUGAGGUGACACCCGCUUACCCGACUGGCGCCAGCGAGGAGAUCAUCAGCCACGUCGGCAAGUUCAUCUCUUCGGUGCCGUCGGACUUUAACGCGCACCCGCUGCUGACCAAAAUUUUCAAGGCGCGUGCCGAGGCGCUGGACAAGGGCACAAGCAUUGACUGGGCGGCGGCUGAGGCGCUGGCAUUCGGCACGCUGCUGCUCGAGGGCAAGCACGUGCGUCUUAGCGGACAGGACGUCGAGCGCGGCACGUUCUCGCACCGCCACGCUGUGCUGCACGACCAGACCAAUGAGCGCCAGUACACGCAGCUGGCCAACCUGAGCCCCACGCAGGCGCCGUUCUCGAUCAGUAACUCGUCGCUGUCCGAGUACGGUGUUCUGGGUUAUGAGCUCGGCUAUUCGCUGGCCAACCCCAACGCGCUGGUGAUGUGGGAGGCACAGUUUGGUGACUUUGCCAACACGGCGCAGGUCAUCAUCGACCAGUUCAUUGCGGCCGGCGAGAAGAAAUGGCUGCAGCGCACGGGCCUGACCAUGCUGCUGCCCCACGGCUUCGACGGCCAGGGCUCUGAGCACUCGUCGGCACGUCUGGAGCGCUACCUGCAGCUUUGCGACGAGCACCCGUACAUCUUCCCGUCGCCCGAGAAGCUGUCGCGCCAGCACCAGGACUGCAACAUGCAGGUGGUAUACCCAACAACGCCAGCCAACUACUUCCACGCGCUGCGUCGCCAGAUCUACCGCGACUACCGCAAGCCGCUGGUCGUCAUGACGUCCAAGAAGCAGCUGCGCUUCCCGCUGUGCAAGUCCGAGCUCAGCGAGAUGACCGGUCACACGUUCUUCCAGCGCUACAUCCCCGAGAGCCACCCUACCGAGGGCGAGUUCACGCUGGUCGAGCCCGAGAAGAUCCGCACGCACGUGCUGUGCACGGGCCAAGUGUACUACACUUUGCUGCAGGCGCGCGAGCUCAACAAUGUGCGCGACGUGGCCAUCUCGCGUAUCGAGCAGCUGCACCCGUUCCCCUGGGAUCUUGUGCGCGACCACAUCGAGAGGUACCCCAACUGCGAGUUCGUAUGGGCCCAGGAGGAGCCGCUCAACAUGGGCUCGUGGGCGCACGUUGAGCCGCGCCUGCGCACCAUCUUCAACAAUACCACCUGCCAUGCUGGCAAGGCCAUUCGCUACGCCGGCCGUGACCCGUCAGGCCCCGUCGCCACCGGAAACCACAAGCAGCACGUGUUCGAGGAGUGGGCCUUCACCUCGCAGGCGCUCUUCGGCGAGGCGCGGAAGCCCUCCGACAUUGUUAUGGGUGUGCCCAAGUGGGAGUAAGCGAGCGAGCUAGCACAAAAGCACGCACAAUUUCUCCAUAUACCGUAGAAUUUUUACUAUUUUUCUCAUUUUGUCUUGAUUUUUAACGCUGUGUACAGUACAGCCUGCAAUUUCAUUUAUUGUUUUUUAUUUACAAGC